GCAUUCCCCAUCGUUACCCUCUUUCUCUUCCCGACGCGUGAGUUAGGCCGUCAUGCCUUGGCUGCUCUCAGCCCCCAAGCUGGUUCCCGCUGUAGCAAACGUCCGCGGCCUCUCAGACAGGGUCUUACUUUGUCACCCAAGCUGGAGUGCAGUGGCGUGAUCCCAGUACACUGCAACCUAUGUCUCCCAGGCUCAAGCAGUCUUUCUACCAGCUUCCCGAGUAGCUGGGACUACAGGAUGUAUGUUGUGUUCACAGCGAAGGUACUCCCUUCAGCCUGUCCCAGAAAGGAGGAUUCCAAACAGAUACUUAGGCCAGCCCAGCCCCUUUACACACCCACACCUCCUUAGACCAGGGGAGGUAACUCCAGGACUAUCUCAGGUGGAAUAUGCACUUCGCAGACACAAACUAAUGUCUCUGAUCCAGAAGGAAGCUCAAGGGCAGAGUGGGACAGACCAGACAGUGGUUGUGCUCUCCAACCCUACAUACUACAUGAGCAACGAUAUUCCCUAUACUUUCCACCAAGACAACAAUUUCCUGUACCUGUGUGGAUUCCAAGAGCCUGAUAGCAUUCUUGUCCUUCAGAGCCUCCCUGGCAAACAAUUACCAUCACACAAAGCCAUACUUUUUGUGCCUCGGCGAGAUCCCAGUCGAGAACUUUGGGAUGGUCCACGAUCUGGCACUGAUGGAGCAAUAGCUCUAACUGGAGUAGACGAAGCCUAUACGCUAGAAGAAUUUCAACAUCUUCUACCAAAAAUGAAAGCUGAGACGAACAUGGUUUGGUAUGACUGGAUGAGGCCCUCACAUGCACAGCUUCACUCUGACUAUAUGCAGCCCCUGACUGAGGCCAAAGCCAAGAGCAAGAACAAGGUUCGGGGUGUUCAGCAGCUGAUACAGCGCCUCCGGCUGAUCAAAUCUCCUGCAGAAAUUGAACGAAUGCAGAUUGCUGGGAAGCUGACAUCACAGGCUUUCAUAGAAACCAUGUUCGCCAGUAAAGCCCCUGUGGAAGAAGGCUUUCUUUAUGCUAAGUUUGAAUUUGAAUGCCGGGCUCGUGGCGCAGACAUCUUAGCCUAUCCACCUGUGGUGGCUGGUGGUAAUCGGUCAAACACUUUGCACUAUGUGAAAAAUAAUCAACUCAUCAAGGAUGGGGAAAUGGUGCUUCUGGAUGGAGGUUGUGAGUCUUCCUGCUAUGUGAGUGACAUCACACGUACGUGGCCAGUCAAUGGCAGGUUUACUGCACCUCAGGCAGAACUCUAUGAAGCCAUUCUAGAGAUCCAGAGAGAUUGUUUGGCCCUCUGCUUCCCUGGGACAAGCUUGGAGAACAUCUACAGCAUGAUGCUGACCCUGAUAGGACAGAAGCUUAAAGACUUGGGGAUCAUGAAGAACAUUAAGGAAAAUAAUGCCUUCAAGGCUGCUCGAAAAUACUGCCCUCAUCAUGUUGGCCACUACCUCGGGAUGGAUGUCCAUGACACUCCAGACAUGCCCCGUUCCCUCCCUCUGCAGCCUGGGAUGGUAAUCACAAUUGAGCCAGGCAUUUAUAUUCCAGAGGAUGACAAAGAUGCCCCAGAGAAGUUUCGGGGUCUUGGUGUACGAAUUGAGGAUGAUGUAGUGGUGACUCAGGACUCACCUCUCAUCCUUUCUGCAGACUGUCCCAAAGAGAUGAAUGACAUUGAACAGAUAUGCAGCCGGGCUUCUUGACCUUCACUGCGGCCCACAUGCACCUCAGGUUCAAGAUGGGUGUCUGCUGGUAGCCCUGCACGUGUGCUUUCUGAGUGUCUCUGUGUGUGCAUUAAUAUAUGCAUUCCAUUUGGGAGCAUAGCAGCUGUGUGAAUGUAUGUAAUCGUGUAUGGGGGUUUUUUUGUUUUAAGUAGUUAGAAGUCUGGAAAAAUGAAUUUUUGAAUAGUAUGUUACUGCAGCUUUGGUAACAUUAAUUCUAUAGAAUUAAUGACCAGAGCAAGUUUAAUUUUUAAACAUAAAGGUCUUGGUUACAUAUGUCCAUGCAUUCCAGUUAACACAUUUAAACAUAUAGAAAAUUCACUUCUUCUUUCAAGUCCUUCCCUUUCUAUACUUUUGCUGAGAUCCAGCCAAUAUCAUAAGAAGUUUGUGUGAUGCCUGUAUUUUUAGCUAAUUACCAAGGUCUCUGCCUAUGCGAAAAUUCAUCUUUUGGUGAUUGUGGGUGGCCAAUACAUACCUUCUGUAACUCCUCCCUACCUAUUCUAGAUCCUGCAUAUCUACUGGAGCCAUAUGAGCCCUCAGGGGCACUGGUGUCCUGCAGUCUUACUAGUCAGCCACAGUCCAGGUUCCAGCAACACUAGCUACCUACCAAACAAAACACUUUUGAGCUUUUCUUGCCAUUUGGUUGCCUGGGACCUGGAAAGUGUUUAGAUUCUUGAUAAAGAAGGAAAUGGAAGAGAAAGAAAAUUAUAUAUAUAUAUAUAUACUAAAGAUCCAGACAUCAGGGCUGGGUACAGUGGCUCCACCUGUAAUCCCAGCACUUUGGGAGGUCCAGGCAGGUGGAUCUCUUGAGACCAGGAGGUCAAGACCAGCCUGGCCAACGUGGUGAAACACUGUCUCUACUAAAAAUACAAAAAUGAGCUGGGUGUGGUGAUACAUGUCUGUAAUCCUGGCUACUUGGGAGGCUGAGGCAUGAGAAUUUCUUGAACCUGGGAGAUGGAGGUUGCAGUGAGCUGAGCUCAUGCGACUGCACUCCAGCCUGGGUGACUGAGCAAGACUCUGCCUCAAAAAAAAAAAAAAAAUCCUGACAUCCUGCCAUCUUUUCUCUUCAGUUUAAAGAUGAUUUAUUAAUGAUGGCUUCAAAAAUUAAUAAAAAGAAAAGAAAAAAAUGAUUUCUGGCUGGGUGUGGUGGCUCAAUCCUGUAAUCCCAGCACUUUGGGAGGCCGAGGCGGGCGGAUCACGGGGUCAGGAGAUCGAGACCAUCCUGGCUAACAACAGUGAAACCCCGUCUCUACUAAAAAUACAAAAAAAAUUAGCCGGGCGUGGUGGCAGGUGCCUGUAGUCCCAGCUACUCAGGAGGCUGAGGCAGGAGAAUGGCGUGAACCCGGGAGGCAGAGCUUGCAGUGAGCCGAGAUCACGCCACUGCACUCCAGCCUGGGCGACAGAGCGAGACUCUGUCUCAAAAAAAAAAAAAAAAUUAUUUCUUUCCCAGACAUCCCUGCUCCCUCUAUAGAUUCUUAAUGCACUGACCCUCACGGGUUACCCUUGUAGCUGUUGUGCUGUGCAGAAGCAGAUCCUCUACUUACGUACCCUGUCAGAGUCACAGUAGUGGUGCCCAAUUUUCAGAGAAGUACCCCUGUUAUCAUUCUGUGAUUUCCUCUAGUGCUAAUAGAAACAAAAUACAGAAUCUACCAAGUACCCGUAAAUAUUACAUGAUUCUUAUCUUUCUUUGAUACUAGCACUGGGAGUGCAGUGGUAAAGAGUCAUACUUCUUUUUUUUUUUUUUUUUUGGAGACAGAGUCUCGCUCUGUCGCCUGGGCUGGAUGGAGUGCAGUGGCGUAAUCUCGGCUCUCUACAACCUCCACCACCUGGGUUCAGGCAAUUCUCCUGCCUCAGCCUCCCAAGUAACUGGGACUACAGGUGCACGCCGCCAUGCCCAGCUAAUUUUUUGUAUUUUAAUUUUUUGUAUUUUAGUAGAGACAGGGUUUCACCCUGUUGCCCAGGCUGGUCUCAAACUCCUGAGCUCAGGCAAUCCGCCCACCUCAGCCUCCCAAAGUGCUAGGAUUACAGGCAUGAGCCACCGUGCCUGGUGUAAGAGUCAUAUUUUUUUAAACACAAACAUUGGAUACAAUUAUACAGCAACUCAGUUUGCAAGGUGAACAGGGCUAGAUUACCACAGAUAGCUUAUUUAGGAGCUUCUAUGAUAGAGGGAAGCUUUAAGAACCAGUGUGUUCACCUCCUUUAAACCUGGAUAUGAGCUCAAGAUGUAUAAAACAUGCCAAUUGUUAGAACACAAAUUUGAGGGUUUCUUAAAAAAACAAUUUGUAUUAGGGAAGCACAAGCUAGGGGAUUAACAAUCUCUACAAUGCUGGAAGUUUGCCUAUCUUAUCAGGGAAACCCAGGGUACAGAGUGAAAAGCAGACAGGCAGUGAGUUCCUCAAGAGACAGAUAAUGUGAAAACAAAAGUGAUACAAAUCAUAUCCUGACAGUGCUAGCCUAGGAAUGCCUGGCUUUGCACACCUUAUCUAAGCAGCUCUCAGAAUGGAGGCUGCACAGCUGGAGUCUCCAUCCCCCAUACCAACCUUCCCACCUCCCUCCAAUUUCUCAAUCCAGUGCUUUUUAAAAGAAGGGGAGGGAAAUAACUCCACGACUCUGGCUGCUCACUUCCCAGGCUCUGUGCCCCCAACAGCCCUUUCCUUGGAUUGUGUUUCCUUUGUUCAUUUGUAAUCCAGGAAUAAGGAAUUUCCUUUUCUUCUUGUAUCAUUUUCUUUUCUUUUUUUUUUUGAGACAGAGUCUCACAAUGUCACCUGAGCUGGUGUGCAAUAGCAAGAUCUCAGCUCCCUGCAACCUCCACCUCCCAGGUUCAAGCGAUUCUCCUGCCUCAGCCUCCCAAAUAGCUAGGAUUACAGGCGCCUGCCACCACACCCGGCUAUUUUUUUGUAUUUUAAAUAGAGACAAGGUUUCACUAUGUUGGCCAGGCUGGUCUCGAACUCCUGACCUCAUGAUCUGCCCGCCUCGGCCUCCCUAAGUGCUGCAAUUACAGACGUGAGCCACUGUGCCUCCUGUAUCAUUUUCUAUGGUCUAAACUUUUCUAGCUAAAAGCCUAGGUAGCUUGUAUGUAUAGCAGCAUACUUAGACAUGAAACAGACUUCUGGUUAGAUUCCAGUCAAGUUCUAUAGAUGUUAUUGGUAGGCAGAAAGGCUGUUGUGGAAUUCUGGUGAUUUUCAGUCCCUGACCCAGGUAUAUUGUCCUUUGAGUCCCAGAUUAACUAACUAUAGCAGCUAAGCAUUUGAAUCAGACUUCUCAUAGCAAUGUUAUGGGCUGUCUGAUAUAUUCAGGAUUUGUUGAGCAGAUAAGCUGUGUAUGAUCUUAUUCAUUCUCAGCCAUGCCACAGACAUACCCAUUUCCCUUUAGUUAUUUUUUUAAUACAGAGAAUGCUAUUAACUGUUAUUGGAUAUCAAAUAAUUUUAUUUUUCUAAUGUCAGGAAAUGACCCAUUUCACUUAAGUGAGUUUUCCAAAUAAUUAAAAUGUAAUACUUCAAGAAUAAAAUGUUUCCAAAUAUUUCUUAAAAUUCUUAAAAUUUAGGUUAAAGUUUGCUGAUCUCUUACAUUUAAUAAAGCUGGGACUUGAAGACUUACCAUAGUUUUCAACUGCCUUGCAAGUUCAUAAACUUCUAAAGGUAAAAAGUGAAUAAGAUAAAUUCAGAGUUUUAAGGUAAGGGCUUUAUAUUAGCUUUUUUUUUUUUUUUUUUAAGUUUUUUUUUUUUUUUUGAGACGGAGUCUCGCUCUGUCACCCAGGCUGGAGUGCAGUGGCACGAUCUUGGCUCACUGCAACCUCCAUCUCCUGGGUUCAGGCAGUUCUUCUGCCUCAGCCUCCUGAGUAGCUGGGACUACAGGCGCGUGCCACCAUGCCCGGCUAGUUUUUUGUAUUUUUAGUAGAGACGGGGUUUCACUAUGUUAGCCAGGAUGGUCUCAAUCUCCUGACCUCAUAAUCCGCCCACCUCAGCCUCCCAAAGUGCUGGGAUUACAGGCGUGAGCCACUGCACCCGGCCUUUUUAAAGUUUUUAAUUGACAUAUAAUUGUACAUAUUUACAGGGUACAUGAUGAUGUUUUGAUACAUAUAAUAUAUAAUUAUCAGAUCAGAACAAUUAGCAUAUCCAUCACAUUGAACAUUUAUCAUUUCUUUGUGUUGAGCCUUUAGUUCUUUUUUUUUUUUUUUUUUUUGAGAUAGAGUCUCACUGUGUCACCCAGGCUGGAGUACAGUGGUGUGAUCUUGGCUCACUGCAACCUCCACCCACCAGAUUCAACCAAUUCUCCUGCCUCGGCCUCCCUAGUAGCUGGGAUUACAGGCACCUGCCACCACACCCAAUUUUUGUAUUUUUAGUAGAGACAGGGUUUCACCAUCUUGGCCAGGCCAGGCUGGUCUUGAUCUCCUGACCUUGUGAUCCACCCACCUCAGCCUCCCAAACUGCUGGGAUUACAGGCGUGAGCCACGGCGCCCGGCCAGAGACAGUCUUGCUUUGUCUCCAGGCUGGAGUGCAGUGGCGCCAUCUUGGCUCACUGCAACCUCCAACUCCCUGGUUCAAGCAGUUCUCCUGCCUCAGCCUCCCAAGUAGCUGGGAUUAUAGGCACGCACCACCAUGCCCAGCUAAUUUUUGUAUUUUUAGUAGAGACAGGGUUUCACCAUGUUGGCCAGGAUGGUCUUGAUCUCCUGACCUCGUGAUCUGCCCACCUUGUCCUCCCAAAGUGCUGAGAUUACAGGCGUGAGCCACCAUGCCCAGCCAAGCCUUUAGUUCUAAGUAUAAUAAAUAAUAUAUAUACCAGGCAUUCCUAUUAAAAAUCUUAACUUAAAAAAAAUUACUCAAAUGUUACCACUGGAAUUUUUCGAAUUGAAGAUACAUGGUUAGAUCAUUAACAGUACCAUCUAAAUGAAAGAAACAUAUCUGGAUAUCCAGUGUCACAUACUUUUAUGUAUUUAUUUCAGGAAUUACUAUUUUGUCACCAUAAUUGGGAAACAGACUGUGUUCUUUAUUUGAAACACAACAGUAUAACUACUGUAGUAAAGUUGGGUGCAGUGGAUCACGGCUGUAAUCCCAGCACUUUGGGAGGCCAAGGAGGGAUGGUCACUUGAGCCCAGGAGUUUGAGACCAGCCUAGGCAACAUAGAGAGAGACCUUGUCUCAACAAAAAAAUGUGAAGUUAGCCAGGUGUGGUGGUUUGCACCUAUAGUCCCACCUACUCAGGAGGCUGAGGUGGGAGGAUCGCUUGAGCUUCGGAGGUCAAGGCUGCAGUGAGCCAUGAUUGUGCCACUUCACUCCACCCUGGGCAACAGAGCAAGACCCUGUCUCAAUAAAAAAAGAAGAGAAAAACUGGAGUGAGAACUCUCCUCCUCUCAUAAUCAUAGUAUCCACGUUAGGAAAAUGCUUCUGAGAGUAACUUAAAGUACUCUGUGUGCAUCUUCCUUCAAAAACCUUGCUUUUUUCUCAGUUUUUGUAAGGUGAGAAAGGGAAAAACCUUCACCAUAGAAAUACUUUCUUAAUUAAGAUCCAAAUAAAACAUGUUAAACCUCCAUAUAAAGACAUUGCAACUUAUUAAAACAGAAAAAUGUACCUUUGUUAUGUCUUUCCAAAUAUCCACACCCCCACCCUGUUCAGCUGUGUUAAUAAUACAGAGAUCACAAAUGUGAAGCACAAAUGCUGCUUCUCCCCCUCCUGUUCCCAUGUCAGAGAUGGAGAAGAAAGCACAGUGAGCUGUUCACCAGUCCAGCAGUGACCUCGGAGUCCUUUGUAACAGUGUUUCCAAUAACUGCUGCCAAUAAAACAGUUAGAAUUUGAGUUAGAAGCUAUCUGCUGUCCCUCAACUAGUAUCUGAUAGCUGAGAAUGUAAUUCGUUUGUGUGUCUAUUAGAAAAUUAGGCAGGCACCACAGACAGUACCAGCAUAAAGGAACCUGCUUAGAAGAGAUUUUUAUGGUGUGAUUGUGUUUUUUUUUUUUAAUUUUUGUUUCCUGAAGUAGAAUCCAUAGCUCAAAACAAGUUUUAAGCCUGAGAAAAUAUAAUUUGAGGUGUUUUUUAUGCUCCUAAUGAAAAAAUGAAUGAAUGCAUCAUUAAACCUUAACAGUAGAGCAGAAUUUCACUGUUACAAACCGCGUGGGUUCUCCUGGUUGUGGUGCUGUUCUCUACCUGUGUGUCACUGAGUUUGAGCAUCAUUAUUGUUUGAAUCAGAGGACCCACUGGAAUCAAGGCUUCUUGGAGUUGCUGCGCAAGAAUCUGAGAAAACUUCAAUCUUUACUAGCAUUUCUUAAUGCUUUCCAUGACUUUUGUGCAAUUAUAUAAGUUCAGUUUAGACAAAAUGCUGUUACUUUUUAAGGCAUUACUAAUAACUAAAAAUAGUUACGUCAUUGCCCAUCAAGGGAAAAGCAUUUGUAACUGUCAUUUAAAAAAAAUAAAACUAUAAAACAAU